AUGCUUCCACUUCAAACUUCCUCUGCCUUGUCGCUUUUAUUAGCGUUAUCCUCUUUUUCGGGAGUUCUAGCUGCACCAGCUUCGGGCAAUGUAGCCGACAUAGAUCUCACCUAUGGAAGGGAUGGCAUCCUUGACAACACUGAGAAGGGCAUCAAGGCCAAAAUCAGCGUUGAUAAUGACUUUAAAGUCGCCAGCGGCUCGAGCCCCAAGUACCACGUCCUAAAUGCCGACACAAGUUUCAUGGAACUUGGAGUCGAUCCAAUCUUCUGCGAUGGCAAGGAUAACGACACCGAGGAUGAGGACGAUGACGACUCCAACAGCAAUGACAAGCGCAGCAUCUUUUCGAAUCUUUUCUCCAGAGGCAUUACCUCUGACCAGAAGGAGGCCCUUAAUCGCCACAACGCUGCUCGUAAAGCUGUCAAGGUCGCUGCCCUCAAGUGGGAUACCAAGCUUGAGGCUGAUGCUCUUGCCUAUGCAAAGAAGAUUGCAAAGGCUGGAAAGAUGGUGCAUUCCGAAGGCAAGACCCGUCCCGGCCAAGGUGAGAAUCUUGCGUAUGCUUGGUCCAGUAGCGGAUACAAGAACCCCAUGGCUGCUGGAACACAGAGCUGGCUUAAUGAGAAGAUGAAGUACAAGGGAGAGACCAUCCCCAAGGGUAGUUUCUCUUCAUAUGGCCAUUACACUCAGUGUGUCUGGGAGAAGUCCACCAAGGUUGGAAUCGCUGCUGCUCAGAAUUCCAAGACUGGUGCCUGGUAUACAGUUGCACGAUAUACUGCUGCCGGCAACGUCGUUGGCAAGAAGCCUUAUUAG